GUUUGGCUCAAAAGUUGGAUAAAAAGAACUGAAGUCAUGGGUGCAAAGAGGUCUUUGGAGGAGGGAACUCCUUCCAAGAAACGGCCCAAGCACAAUGCUGACGAGGGGGAGCAGGGCCUUGCCACUUUGCCGGUGGCUCGUGGUGGUGGUCGUGGUCUGAAGGCGGUUCAGAACGCACGAGAGCAAACGUCGACCGCGUCAGGCCCGGACGGCACUGUGACGCAAAGUCAGAAGAAGACCAGAGAACAGCGUGUCUUCCAUGCCCAUAACAACAAACACGUCGAGACCAAGGUGAUGUCUGAGCAGAAGCGAAAGACCACCCGCAAGGACGGGACGGUGAUUGUUACAGAGAGCAAAAGCCUCCGGAAAGUGUGUUACAUGUGAUUUGUCUGCCGUGGAUCACAGCUGCUACCCCAGUGAAGCAUUGGUGAACUGCGCGGAGUACGCCAAGCAGAGAUUUCUUGAGUACGGAGGAGUGCCAUUUGUAUCCAUUUGUUAGAUGUUUAUUU